UGCUCUGUCCGGCAGGUUCUGCUGGGACUCUCUGCUGCUCCAGGAGCUGACCUCGGACCCUCUCAUGCGGACGGCCAGCGUGGUGAUUGUGGAUGAGGUUGAUGAGAGGACGGUGGCCUCGGACCUCCUGCUCGGCCUCCUGAAGGACAUUGUUCAGCAGAGGGCCGCCCUGCGCCUGGUGGUCAUGACAACGCCCGCUCUGCAGCCGCGCCUCCUGGAGUUCCUGGGGCCGGGCACAUGCGUGGUGACGGUUCCGGGCCGGGAUCAGGCGCCCAGCGUGGUGUACCGACCACCCCAGUCACAUGACCAGGUGAUGGCGGCGUGUCACAUGGUCCUGGACAUCCACCGGAGGAACGAGCCCGGAGACGUGUCGGUGUUCCUGGCCAGCGAGGAGGAAGUAGAGCGAUGCUCUGCGGCUCUCCUCACUGAGUCCGUGUCCCUGAGCCCCAGUCUGGGGUCUCUGCUGCCGGUGGCUCUUCUCCCCAGUGCAGGCGCCUCCGUGCAGAACAUAUACGAGGCGACGCACAGCCAGUGUGACUACGAGCGCCACGUCUUCCUCACCCCCGCCGUGGCCGAGCUCUCCUUCUCCGUGGCCGGGAUACGAUUCGUCAUCGAUACCGGGAGCGAGGUGACAUCU